UGAAGGAGCUGCUUUGAGCGGUGUGACCUGGCUUUCAAAGAUGUGAGAUGAACGUAUGCUCAUGGCUUCAAGUGCAGCGACACAGAAGGACUGGUACUGUAUUCUCGGGGCACAUCCAUCCGACAGCCAAGCAGAGCUAAAACAAAAGUACCAAAAGCUAGCUCUCUUACACCACCCGGACAAGCGACACAAGGCAGAGGACAUUGAGCAGACUACAGAGGGAGCACAGAAGUUUAUUGAAAUCAGUCAAGCUUGGAAAAUUCUGGGGAAUGAAGAGACAAAGAGAGAGUAUGACCUGCAGCGCCGUGAAACAGAGAUAACCCGAUCAUGCCACGUGGACAGUCUGAUCACCUUGGAGGAAAUGGAAUGGGAAGAUGAUGAGGAAUAUUUUUGCUACACCUGUCGCUGUGGAGGAAGAUAUAUACUAGCUGAAGAAGACUUGGAACAAUCCUUGCUGGUGAACUGUGAUUCGUGUUCUUUGAUUAUAGAAGUCUACAAGCAGAACAUUGACCUCAUGCAAUAAAAUCAGCCAGAGUCCAAACUAGAAGCUUCC